AUGGAUCCUGGGAGCGAACCCGUCGAGCUCCAAGGCCUGACCCAGACGGAGGAGAUGCUCAUCGCGCAGUGCUGUCCGAUCAUGCGCGUCCUCCACCUCAAGGGUGGGCAGCUAGGGUACGGUGGCCAUGUCGUCAACGUCGCUCAGGACAUCAGUACCUUAGCCGCUGCCCUCCCCAGGUUGGCCGCCGAUGUGCCGAUCAUCAUCAUCCGGAGGGAGGGGCAGGAACCCGGCCAGCACAAGCCGGUGGGCAUGAGGCACCUCCUCAAGUACUUCCGCGACGGUCGAUACCGCUUUGCAUCUCACCCCCGGUUUCCUCACUGGUGCCAGAACAUGCUGGAACGCCACAGGAUGCUCAGCCAGGCGCAGGUCUACCUCAAGCAAAACCCAGGGGACGCCGCCAUGACGAUAGAGCACAUGAGGAUUCUGUUCCGGUCGGGUUCGCCGCUGGCGCAGCAGCUCACACAGCGCAUGUGCCGGUACGGCGCCAACAUCACCGGGUCUAGGCCGUACUGGUACGCCAAGCAGCAGGAGCUCCAGGCGAUUUUUGCCACCAAGGGCUGCGCCACUCUCUUCUUCACGCUCUCUGCCGCCGACACCCACUGGGACGGCCUCUAG